AUGUGUAUUGCUUUUACAACUAUGCCACAAUUGUCGCCUGUCCAUAUCAAUUUUGAUAUGAAAAAGUACGAAGGCGCUGAAAAACUCCUUGAAAUUUGGUUCUUCUACGAUGAAGACAGGAUUUCACUUUGUCGUGGAUGCCCAAAUCUUCUUGAGCUGAAAAGAGCUCAAAUUGAGCACCUAUUGAAAAUGGCUCAUUGCGAAAUCGUUGCUGAGUAUCACAACAAACGACAGUUCAGUUUUAUUCUUAGUGAAAGCAGUCUUUUCAUAACCAAGAAUCGCAUCAUUCUCAAAACCUGCGGCCAAACUCAGAUUCUUCAGUCAUUGAAGCCGCUCAUCCGGUACGCCAUGCGCCUGGGUUUCGCAAAAUACGUGUUGUACUACUCUCGGCGGUCCUUCUUGUUUCCCGAGUUACAGGCCGAACCGCAUGGAGACUUUAAAAAUGAGGUUUGUAACAUUUUUUCCUCUCACUUUCUCCUUUCAGCAGGAGCCGGCUACACCCUUGGUCGUUUGAACGGCGAUUGUUGGAACUUCUACCGCGGUCAGUCAACCUCAGCACAGCUGAAAGAGCCUCCAGGUCAAACGCUGGAACUAAUGAUGCGUGACCUCAAUCCAGUCAGAAUGGAGGUCUUCUACGCACGCGCUUCGCACUCCGCUGAGGAGGCUACUAAAUGUUCGGGCAUCGCGGAUCUCUUUCCUCAUGGACGGGUGUCUUCCUACCUCUUCACUCCAUGUGGCUACUCCGCCAACGGGCUCAUGAAUGAGGACGAGUAUUUCACCGUUCACGUCACCCCCGAGCCCGAGUUCUCCUACGUCAGCUUUGAGACAAACGUGGCGAUGGACAACUACCCCGCCUUCAUCUCCCGUGUUCUUGAUAUCUUCCAGCCCGAGUCAUUUAUCUGUACCUUCUUCUCUGAUUCGUCUUCAACAUACUCAACGCACGCGAUCUUGGAGAAAGCGGUGACACUGUCCGGCUACUGUCGCUGCGAUCUACACUCCGCCUGCAUGGAUUAUGGGCGCAAACUCACUUUUGUGAAGUACUUUCGCGUCAGUGACCGAUCCGAGGGAGCGGAUGCAGUGUUGGUAGCGGAGACGAUGGGACAAGAAGUGGAUAGUCUACUGAUUUAG